AUGAGUGUUCCCGGUACUCUCCGGAGGGGACUUUCCGCCCUUCAUGAUCUCAGACGACGAACCCGCAACCAAACAACACCUUUCCAGGCCAAUAACAAGUCGCUGCCAAACCGAUUGCUGGAUGUCUUUCUUCGAACUUGGGAUCUUGGCUUCACAGCAUUCGGUGGUCCACCGGUGCAUUUUCAAAUUUUACACCAAAGAUUCGUCGAGGGCCAUGGUGGGAAGCAGAAAUGGGUAGAUGAGCAGACUUAUCAAGAAUUUUUACCAGGAGCGAUUGGCAUGUAUGUCUUAUCCGUCGGGGUUCAGAACAUCGGCGAAGUACUCCCUAGUCCGGUGUAUCCUCUUCUGUCAGGUCUAAACGCGUCGACGGUCGGGAUCAUCGCUCUGGCAGCCGUUCAACUGGCUGAAAAAGCAAUCGUCGAUAACCUCACACGUAUUUUGGUAAUUACGGGCGCUUGUGCCGGGCUUUGCUACAAUGCAUUGUGGUUUUUCCCUCUCCUCAUGGCCCUCGGUGGGCUUACGACAGCCAUCUGGGAUGGGUGGGCGGGUCAAAAAGUUCGGAAAAUUAAGAUGAAGAUGCGUCGUAGGGAACAUGAGCAAGACACAGAUAUAGUCUUGGAAGCUGCGAAUGCGAACGUUCAGUUUGACUCCUUAGAGGGUAGAUCCAACAGUCACGAGGGUGUUCAGAGAAGGAACGUGGGAGCCCGCUCAGAGGAUUCCAGAAAUCAUGGUACCGAAGGGCAGCAAUCAGACGAUAACUUAAGAACACAUCCAAAUAUAGCCCCUGUGGAAGCAGCCGGAAAGCCGCACUUGAUUAGAGGAAAAGUCGGAAUAGCUACUUUGGUACUCUUCCUGGCCUCUUUCAUCACGAUUCUCGUCCUUCGAGGGACUCUCAAAGUUCAAAUCUUAGCGCUUGAUCUGUUCGCCAACAUGUAUCUUGCGGGAACACUAAUAUUCGGUGGCGGGUCUGUGGUCAUUCCACUUCUUGGCUCUUAUGUGGUGGAUCCAGGCUGGGUGACUAGUCGUGACUUUCUUAUUGGCCUCGCAAUCAUUCAGGCCUUCCCUGGUCCAAACUUUAACUUUGCGGUGUAUCUGGGAUCCCUUGCAUUGCAAAAGUCCCAAUUUCCAACAAUCUUUGGGGCACUAUUAGGUUUCGUUGGGAUGAACUUUCCGGGAAUAACGUUAGCCGUUGCCAUCCAUAGUUUCUGGCGGAUCCUUCGCAAAAAGAAAGUAGUGAUCGAUGUUCUUCGCGGUAUUAAUGCCACGGCGGUCGGGUUGGUUUUCACAGCCGUCUAUAGAUUGUGGGAAAUAGGUUAUUUGACAGCGGAGGCAAAUCAAGGUCAAAGCCUCGCGCGGGAGCCUUGGUGGGUCGUCAUUGCAGUGGUUACGUAUGCAGAAAGCGCAUGGUUCAAAGUGCCACCAGCUCUAGCUAUUGUUAUUGGGGCUAUUUUGGGCCUCUGCUGGUAUGGCGCUGUUGGUAGAUAG